GAGUGGAUCCAAGGAUACCACCAGCGCUACGGGAACGUGUACAGCAUGUGGCUGGGCCACAAGCUGGUUGUCAUCACCUCCGACCCCAGGGACAUAGAGGCCAUCGCCACCAGUACCGCCCUCAUCGACAAGGGCACCAACUACGCCCUGCUCGCUCCAUGGCUUGGCGAUGGACUGCUCCUGUCGAGCGGCAAGAAGUGGCAUUCCCGAAGGAAACUCCUCACGCCAACCUUUCACUUCCGAAUCCUGGAGCAAUUUGUUGACGUGUUCAACCAGAAGGGCAGCAUCCUGGAGGCCAAGUUAGGGGAAUUAGUCGGAAGGGGUGCUGUCGACGUCCGACCGUACAUUUCGCGACACGCCCUGGACGUCAUCUGCGAGACUGCAAUGGGGACUCCAAUGAACGCCCAGUUGGAUGAGAACUCAGAAUACGUCCAAGCCAUAAAAACGUGAGUUUCGUUAAAUAUACCAGGCUAGCAGUUUCACGCCGGUGCCGCUAUUCUGGAGGCGCGGUAUAAUGUUACAGCACAUAUUUCGAACAAAUACCCU